AUGGCGUCUCCUGACAGGAAUGGUUAUGAUAAAAAACUAGAAGAACGUGCUGUGAAGCAUCGAAAUCUUGUGGAUCGAAACAAUGUAACAGUGUGCAGAAGUCCACCCAGAGAGCUGGAUACAAAACUGAUGAAAAAUGAACAGCAGCGCAAACGACACGAGGAAUUUUUAAAGAGGCGACCAGCUGACUGUGGCCUGAGCGUUGUGUUAUCUACACCAACAAGACACAUUUAUUCACAGGAAGAACGUGUGACACAAAUGUCCACGUCACACAGAAAGCAUUUAUUUAAAAGUCCAGGAAUCAACCCAAUUAAACAGCCAGUGUCCACACCCUUAAUGAAUGAUGAGAACAGACUGAAGCAUGAACGUGUCACAGUUGUUCUUAGUUCACUUCACAAAAGAGAGAAAGCAAACAAAGAACGAGCCUUUCAAGACAUUACCCAUCUCACAAACAACCAGCGGACACUACAUAGUGCUAGUGCACAGACAGAGUUGGGCAUUGCUACAGUCAAUGAGGCGGAUGUUCAGCAGCUGGGCAUUUAUCUGGAGGAGGCAUUGUACAGAGAGGGGGUUUUAAAAAAGAAGCUGGCAGCUCUACAGAUGAGCAAUGCAACUCUAAUCCGUUCUACUGAGAUGUUGUGGAAGACCCGCUGUGAUGAAGAUCUGCUGAAGAACAAGAUCAAGGCACUGGAGGAUCAGCUGCAGUUGUUCAUAAAGAAAACCCCCCAGGAUGGAUUAAAGAAGGUGGUUUUACAGAUAGAGAAACAGAAGAUGGAGUAUGAACAGAAGGCUUUGCAGGCCAUUCAGAAAGCCACAGAGGAAAAUUCAGAGGCACAAAGCAAAAUGCUCAACCUGCAAGAGGCACUACAGACAGCCCAGGCAGAGUCAGUAAGGUGGCAGAAGCUGUAUGAGGAGCAGAUAGAGUUUGCUGAUCUCCUGAAGAAGAAUCAGGCGCUGUGUAGCGACCAGCUGCUUCAGCUACAGAAUCAGCUGGAGCACUCCAGAGGGCAGGAAGAGUCACUGAGGAAGCAGUGUGAUAAUCUGCAGCAGGAUGGGUUAGAACUACGCUCCACUAUCACUCUGCUGGAAGAGGACAACCAGAUUCUGAAGGAACAGCUAAAGGAACUUACAGAAAAUACUCAUGAAUCAUGGAAUAAUAUCACAGAAGUAAACAAGCUGGAACAAUUUUCACAUCAGGUUUUUGGGACGGACAACAACAUAGCUAAGCAGCUCUGCCAGGCUGAACAGAGACUCAGUCUGAAGGAGAAAGAGUGUGUGGAGCUAAAGACUGAGCUUGAGAUUCUGGAACAGGAGUGCUACAGUUCUCAGACCCGCCUGGCCAAGUGUCGGGAAGAACUGAACACUCUAACUGCCCGAAACAGCCGCAGCACAAAAAAGAGAUGCUCCUGCGGUGCCAUUUUCUGCUUCUUUCUGUUCUUCUUACUAAUGCUGGUCGCUGUAUUGUCCACCAUCUGUAUCUACAGCCCUUCUGUCAUGGACCAGUUCCAGGAUUUUUGCUCUGCAGUGUUAGAAAAAGUAGAGGAUUACUUAUUGCUAGCAGCCUCUCCUCAGCAUUCAGGUCACUUUAAACCAAUCUGAGAAAAAGACAACAUUACGUUAACAUUUAGGCUUUGGGUUUUAUUUAUUUAGUUGCUUAAAUAUAUAGCAUAUAUUUAUGGUUAUAUAAACCAAUUAAUAAUGCAAGUGAAAACAUAAAUACACAAUAUAAAAUAUUGUACAUGUACAACAA